GCGUAUAUAAAAGCUGCUUUGCACCUUCGUUUUUUCAUAUUUAAAUUUAAAUAAAUAAUAAAAAUUAAAUUAAAUGGAUCGAACACUCUUACUCGCAGCUCUCAUACUCUGCACGGCGGCUACCGCGACGGCUGCCAUCGCCGAAACAGACAAAAACCUCACCUCCCACCAGCCAUCAUGGUCCACCGCCGCCGAAGAAUCCGAUCUACUCCCGCCGGAUUCCUCUGUUUCCGACUCCGACGGUGGCUUCUCUUCAAUGGACAGCAUGUUGCAUUGGGCUAUAAGUCAUUCUGAUCCUGAAAAGUUAAAGGAAUCAGCACAAUCUCAUGAAAGAUUAUCGCCUAGCGAACUUCAGAAAAGUCAAAUUGAAAUCAAAGAACUAAUGGAGAAAACAAAAAUGUUAUCGGAUGUCGAAUUGAUGAAAAUCGCGAUAACUGACUUGAAUAAUGUGUCUACAUCUUUGGAAGAUAGAUACCGAGCCUUACUCGAGCUUCUUGAGCUUGUUGAGCCAUUAGAUAAUGCAAAUGAUUUAAACAAACUUGGGGGGCUUUCUGCUGUUACGCGAGAACUUAAUCACGAUGAUUCAGGUAUUAGAGCUCUUGCCGCAUGGGUUCUUGGAAAAGCUAGUCAAAACAACCCAACUUUUCAGCAGCAGGUCUUGGAACUAGGUGUACUGUCAAGGCUGAUAGUUAUGGUAAAAUCUGAUUCCAAAGAAGAAGGCAUUAAAGCAUUAUAUGCUGUUUCAGCUGUGAUUCGUAAUAAUUUAGCCAGUCAGGAAUUGUUCUAUGCUGAAGCCGGAGGUUCGAUGCUUCAGGAUAUUUUGAGGAAUGCAAGUGUUGAUAUCAAACUUCGGAGGAAGGCCGUGCUUCUAUUGACUGAUUUAGCAGAGUAUCAAUUAGAAAACGUUGAUAAAGAUGAACCACCAUUUUUCAAUGAUCAGGAUCUGUUGAAGUCUGUGGUUGAUUUAACUGCUUCAAGCGACCUUGAUCUCCAGGAAAAGGCACUUGUUGCGAUUAAGAGUCUCUUGCAACUAAAGACCAUUGAAGCUCGAGUUUUCAGGGACUUCUGUGCUUUAGGUGAUGCACUAAAUAGAAUGAAACAAUUGUUGCAUGAUUCGAUGGCGGAUGAGGAUCAGAAAGACUAUGUAAUGGAUGUGGAAAAUGUUCGUAUUGACGUGGAGCACAUUUUCAAUAGAAAGUUGGUAAAGCAGUGAUAUGUGAUCACGAGUUUGUUGGAUAUUAUUAGAAUACAGUAGAUUGUGUUAGUACCUUGUAUGACCGAAUUGGCAGCGAUUGAACAAUCCUGGGAGAAGAAGCCUUGUGAGAAGUUAGAGUGUGAGAGCUUUCUACCUCUUAUUGAUGCGCAACUUUUGUUUCUGUAAGAGUAUUCUAACCUAAUGGGAUGGUUAAAAUAUCAGUCGAGGGCGCAUAUAUUCUAACAAUCCCAUUAGGUUAGAAUACACUUCCAGAAACAAAAGUUGCGCAUUAGUAAGAGAUACAAAGGGUCUCACACUCUAACUUCUCCCAAGGCUUCUCUCAGGAUCGCUCGAUCGCUGCCAAUAGUAUCUCUAAUUUUGGUAUCUCUGUUAAAAUAUCCAACAGAGUAUACAUCCUUAGAUUAUGGUGUUGACUCUGUAUCAUCAUCUAGAUUUUAUAGGAUACUUCACACAUAUUUUGAUGUUGUUAUUGACAUUUGUGAACAAAAAUUAGGGUUAUUACUAAUUAAUUUUAUAGUUGUACAGUUAA